AUGCGCGAGGGCGCGACGACGACGACGGACGACGAAGGGGGAGGACGCGCGCGUAGGGUUUCCGACGACGAGGCGUCGCGGUCGAUCGCGACGCCGCGGCGGAAGCGCGCGAAGACGGACGCGCGAAGCGAAGACGACCGCGGGGAGGAGGAGGACGAGGAAGACUCCGACGACGCCGUCGUGCACGUCAUGGGCGGCGUCGGGAGGAUCACCGCGAAGACGAUGCUCGACUCGAGCGACGCGUGGCGGGCGCGAGAUUGGAACGCGCUUCGCGCGACGUUCGAUCGCGACGGGUACCUCCUGAUCCGAGGGAUGCUCCCGCGCGAGGACGUCCUCGCGGCGCGCGCGGCGGCGCUUCGAGCGCUCGCGGAGGAGCGCCCGGAGUGCUUCGCGACGGAUGAUGAGGAAGAGGAGGAGGAGGAGGGCGACGCCAGCUGGCGCGACGGCGGCGGCGGCGUCCUUCGCGAGGGCGCCGCCGACCUCGGUCUCCUCUCGCGGCAGCACGUCGCGGCGCUCCCCGCCAUCCGCGCGGUGACGGAGUCCGACGCCCUCUUCGACCUCGCGGAGGGCGUGCUCCAGUGCGAACGCGUCAUGACGACGGCGUACAAGUGGCUGCGCGCGGUCGCCGGCGGCGAGUUCACGGGCGUGCACACGGACAAGGUGUUCCUCGGGCGCGGGACGUCGAGGUUGAUCACGACGUGGAUUCCGUUCGGCGCGGUGAAGACGGAGGACGGCGCGCUGUUAGUCGCCGCGGGGUCGCACGUCUCGAGCGACUUCGAGCGCGUCCGCGAGACGUACGGGACGUCCACCGUCGGCGGCGACGGCACCGUCAGCGGCUGGCUCACGAACGACGCGUCCGAGGUGCCGCGGAUCCUGACGCGACGCGAUCGCGGCGACGGCGGCGACGGAGAGGGGACGCCCCCGCCGCCGCCCGUCGUGGACUGGCGCACGACGGACUUCGAGCCGGGGGACGUGUGCGCGCUCGGGAUCGAGACGACGCACAUGUCCGCGGCGAACGUGUCGAACGUGCGAGGGAGCGGGCGCGCGCGCGUCCGCGUCAGUUGCGACGCGCGGUGGCAGCCCAUCGGAGAAGCGUUCCCGCGAGACCCGCGCGUGCGCGAUUGGCGCGGACGGGGUGGGGUUGCCGUCGACGAGUAGGUUGGGGGCUGGGCGGUUUUUUAACAUCACGCUCCGCUACGCGUACGCUCGCGCCCACCCCGAGGCUUCCUCUUCUUCUCCUUCUUCUUCGUCUGUGCGAAUCUUUCUCUACAGUAUCUGUUGUUUUAUACAGCACGUCUCGACGUUCCGACUCGCGUCGCUCGCGGUUUACCUUCACGACAGCACCCAUCGAGGGUCCAUCUCUCCGCUGCGGAUAAAGCUCGUCGAUCGGCGCACGCGGAACUCGCCCUCGCUUCCUCGCCGGGCCGGGUCGUUCGACGGCGUCGUCGGCGAGAGCGGCUCGCACGCGACGUCCAAGCUCUUGCGGCGCUCUGACGUCCUCUCCUCGCGCAGCGCGCCGCUCAUCGCGCCGUACUCGCACGACCCGGACUUGAGCCCGCGCGAGAUGCUCCUCGCCUCGUCGCAGUCUCGCCUCAGGGAGGGUUCGAGACCGAAGUUCGCGAAGAACUCGCGCGCGCUUCCGAACUGCUCGCGGAUCUCGCGCGCGCUCAGGCCGUCCGGGUGCGUCAGCGCGCUCGCGGCGAGCGCCUCGAUCGGUUCCCCGUGCGCGUUCAUUCCGGGCGG